AUAAAGUAAAUGUUAUAAAAAGGUUUACAUUUAAUGCAAACAUACAAUUCAUUAAACAUAAAUAAAAAUUUUAAUAACAUUCUCAAAUUAAACGCUAGUUUACAAUAAUGCCAAUCAAAAAACUAACCGUGCUGUUGGCCCCUGCUCAGUUUGCGGGCUCUGUGAACGCUAGUAUAGGUAUGGCUGAGGUGUUGAGAGACACCGGUCGAUACAACUGUGUGUUUGCGGUUAACAACGAUUGGAAGUCACGGCUCGAGUCCAUUGGGUUUGAGGUGAAACUUCUGGGACACCCGGUGGCCGGGGAUGUAGUGGUGACUGACUCGACUGAGAGCAACGUGGCUGAGAUCGAGGAGUCGGGCCUUUUUCAAAACACCACUCCAUUGGAAAUGGCUAUUCUUGUCAACGAUUGGAUUCUAAGCUAUGGUCUCAAAGAAAUGGCAGAAACAGAUCCAUUGGUUAAGACUAUUAUAGAGGAUCUCAAGCCGGAUGUCAUAAUAAGUGACCAGCUUGUUCAAUUACCAUCGAUUGUCACAUCAGGUAUACCCUGGAUAUUCAGUUGGAGUGCUAAUACAUUGUCAUUAAACUGCGGAUACCCGGUUGACAUACUUCCACCACCAUUUUUAGGAUUGCCGACAAAUAGUGGGACAGAAGUGAAGGAGAAAUACAGACAACAAGUGUGGGAAAGAAGUCGUGAAAAGUGGUAUAAAUAUAGGGAUCAAUUGGUUUCAAUGGGAUGUCCCAAACUUCAGGAAUUCCUAUUCUGGACCCCAUCCCCCUUUGCAAACAUAUAUAUGACUCCUAAGGAAUUGGAUUAUACGGAUGUCAGACCACUUCCCGACACUUUCCAUGCAUUUGAUAAUUUUAAACGAACCGGAAAUGAAGACAAGUUUGAAAUCCCGGAAAGUCUUAAGAAUAGAUCCGGAAAAUUGAUUUACUUUUCAUUGGGUUCUAUGGGUUCUGGAAAUGUGGAGCUUAUGAAGAGAUUGGUUGCGAUUUUGUCCAAAUCUAAGCACCGGUUCAUUGUCUCCAAAGGUGUCAAACAUAAUGAGUACGAAUUGGCGGACAAUAUGUGGGGCGAGAAAUCUGUCCCUCAGAUAAAAGUGUUACAAAUGGUAGAUCUGGUGCUAACACAUGGGGGAAACAAAUCGGUGACGGAAACCAUGUAUUUCGGGAAACCUAUGAUAGUCUUACCACUCUUUGGGGAUCAUUCGGAUAACGCACAGAGACUUCAAGAAAAAGGGUUUGGGAUUAGACUGAAUCCCUACGAGUGCUCUGAAAAUGAAUUAUUGGAUUCAAUCGACAGACUAUUAAGCGAUCAAAUAUUGACCCAAAAGUUGGCAAAAGUGUCGCAAAGAAUUCAAAGCGAAAGGAAUAUCGAAAAACUCGUCAAAAUUGUCGAUAAAUUAGUUAAAAAUAAAUAG